CUGCAUUACCUCUUGCAACAAGCUAAAUACACGCAUCGCUCGGGAACUCCUACGUUGGACACCAUUUGCUUGUCUGAUAGAGCAUUCCUAGUAUCUGUUAACUAGUAAGCUGCAGCUGGCACAGACAUUGCAAACCAAGGAAGCUUAUAAAGCAUCGCUGAGACCAGCGAGACGAAGGAUAUAGUAUUAGGGCGGACUAGGUCUCGACCAGCUGCACACAGCUCCUCGCUCUCCUUGCACGGUCCGGACCCCGCGCUUCACACACACCCAGCGCAGCCGCCGCUUGCCUCUCCCUCCAUCCCUCUCGUCGCUAGUACUUCAUCAUGGGUGGCGAGAAGCUGCUUGACCAGAUCUUCAACCUAAAGUUCACCGCCAAGCAGCUUGCACGCUCGGCAGUGAAAUGCGAGAAAGAGGAGAAGGCAGAGAAGUUGAAGGUGAAGAAGGCCAUCGAGAAGGGCAACAUGGAGGGCGCCAAGAUCUACGCCCAGAACGCCAUCCGCAAGAAGAACGAGCAGCUCAACUACAUGAAGCUGGCCAGCCGGCUGGACGCCACAGUCAGCAGGCUGGAGACGCAGGCCAAGAUGCAGAUGGUCCAGAAGAACAUGGCGGGUAUAGUCAAGAGCCUGGAGAAGGCCAUGGCCUCAAACAACCUGGAGACCAUCGCAAACACCAUGACGCAGUUUGAGAAGCAGUUUGAGAACCUGGACCUGCAGACGCAGGUGGUGGACGACGUGAUGGGCGCGCAGGCCUCGCUGUCCACACCCGAGGACGAGGUGUCGGCGCUGGUGGCGCAGGUGGCUGAGGAGCACGGCCUGGAGCUGGCGGUGGGCAUGCCCCACGCCGCCGCCGGCACCGCCCGCCCCGCCGCCGCCAAGGCCGAGGACGACCUCACCGCGCGCCUGGCGGAGCUGCGCGGCCGGUAGAGCGGCGGCGGCGGCGGCGGCGAGGCGUGGGUGCGCAUUGUGCUAGAGCGGGGCGCUGACGGCUGUGUGUCAGAAAGCAUGAAGCAGCGUUUCGCGCUAUGGAAGGGAUACCGUGGUCGCGUGCCGCAGUUGUGAAGGCAUUGCUGCGGCCGCGCGUGUACGUUUGGCUGUGGCAGGGGUAAGGAGCAAUGAAUGAGAGCGAAGAAGCAUGUGGGCGUGUGUGUGUCCCAAGAUGCAAGACGGCUGUGUGGUCAAAGGUGCAGGUGUGUGGGCCCGUGCUGUGCGGGUUGCUGGUGCUGUCGUGGAGCCGUGGAGUUGCCGAUGUAGGGGACCCGCAGGAUGAGGCAUGUGCGUACUGAUGUGUCCAGGACUGCUCUGAACGGCAUUUUGAAUGUUGGUAUUGACCGGAAACAUGUUCCUCGGAGCGCGGUUCACACAGCAACAAAGCCUUUUGACACACUCCUGUACACUGUCAUGCAGCAUCAUAGUUCUCCUGUCCAUUCCUGUAUUUGUACACGGCCAAGCAAACCGGCCUGUCCAUCAAUGCGCCACCUGCCAAGUGCCAACGUCGGUGCCACACUGCCUCUGAAUAUCAACGCGCAAUCACCGAGCACCCCAGGCUGUGGUGUAGGGCAGAGCCCGUGCCACUGCCCAUGUGCGGAUGCCCGUGCGUUGAUUGGCUUGCGAACCGGCCUACCGUCAAGGCCGGCACAGCUGAUAACCAACGAGCAUCACAAAUGACCACACAUGACA